UCAAACUGAACACUAACGGUUUCAACAUCAUGAAAGGACAAAUGCAAAAGAGAAAAAAUCUUCAAACCUGGGAAAAUUUUGUGGUGAUUCAACAAAUAGCUGAAUCUCCACCUUUUGCCAACUACCCGCACACUGUGAUCUUCCCAACGAUGAACCACCAACAUCCGCCUAACUCUGAACCCAUCAACGACGGGUUCGACGAAGUCGCUAUCGACCAGGACGCCGAAAACGAGUUCAACGACAAUCUUCUCAUAUGCCCCUUGGAGCACUCCAGAAAGUCCCACCAAUUUCCUUUCCUCACCCUGCCACUCAACAUUGAGAAAGUGAAGAAUGUCAGAGAAGCGCUUAAGCUACUCGUCUCCAAGAACAGUUCAGAGGGGCUGAUUUCGUCGAAAACAAACGAGAAGGUCAAAGCCUGGGAGCAAAUUAUGCUCUGCAAACUUCCCGUUAUCCUCAUUUUGCAUCUGAAGUUUAUCGAAUUCACCCACGAUCGUUGCACGAAGAUUAUCAAGGCUUUGGAUUUUGAAUUCGACUUGAAGAUUGAUUCGACUUUGGUAUCGUCGGAAACACAGUCUCCAACAGAGAAGCAAUACAAGCUAUUCGCCGUCGUUUACCACGAAGGCAAAAAUGCCAACAAUGGACACUACAUGACCACUACGUUGCUGCUUUUACGUAUAGUUCAGCAUCGGGAAUCUUAUGGCAUUUCUCCUUUUAGUUUUUAUUAA